AUGGAUAACAUUGUAAAUAAAAUUGAUAAAAUCGAUCCCUUCGAUCAAAAAGUAAAGGAAGAAUACAACAAGUUUAAGCUUGACGUGACAAAACAAGCAAUAGAAUCAUUGAGGGAAAGAAUCCCCAAAAGAAUAAUUUAUUUCAACACAUUAGUGAAUGUGAAUUCAGAACCAGGUUCUAUACUAGAUGUUAGAGACCUUGACGCAAAUUCGUACAAAUAUACAAUAAAUCAAACGGAAGAAAAUGCAAGAAAGAAACACAAGUCAAAUGAUGUUGAUAUGACAGAAAAAAAAAAAGAUUCUAUAGAACUGAGUAAGAAAAGUUAUAUAAAUUAUGAAGAAAAAAAAAUUGUAAUUGAUGAAAAAGUUAUGUAUACUCAUUAUGUCCCUUCACAUAAACAAAUAUAUGCAGAACUUGAAAAGAUUAAAGCAUAUUCAUCUGAACUUAUAGAAAUUAUAGGUAAUAUAAAAUUAUGGAUUCAACUCAAUGUACCAAGAAUAGAAGACGGUAAUAAUUUUGGUGUAGGAAUACAAGAAGAAGCAAUUCAAGAAUUGGCUAGAGUUGAAGAAAGUGCAUUUAAUUUAUAUGAUGCUAUUGUUAAAUAUUAUAUGGACAGGGCGAAAUUGUCAACUAAGGUUAUGAAGUAUCCUAAUGUGCACGAUUACCAAGAAGCUGUAAGGGAACUUGAUGAAAAAGAAUGGAUUCAUAUAAAAAUCACAAUAAUAGAUAUGCGAAAUAAUUAUAUUAUGCUUUACGAUUUGUUAUAUAAAAAUUGGGAAAAAGUCGUUAAGCCCAAAAAUGAGGAUGCACAUCACAGGAUGACUUUCUAA